AUGGUAUUUGUGGGCAAUGUUUCCCCCUACAUGCGAUCGGAUUGUCUCCUUGCCCAUUUGUCCUCUUUCGGAGAGAUCGAGGAGGGCCCCUUGGGGGUUGAUCCACUGACAAGAAAGUUCAUGGGGUUCGCCAUAUUUAUCUUCAAGAAUGUGUUUGGGGUGCGGAACUCGCUCUUGGAAUCUAUCAAGAACAUCAAUGGCCAUGAUCUGUUGUGCUCUUCAGUCAACAGCGGCAGCUUGAACCCAGGUGCUCCUGUGGGUGGCGUCCCUCAACCGGACCUCCGCCUUGUCGGUGGUGCUGUAGCUUACGAUCAAGGUUUUGGUCCUGGCUCAGAUGAGCUCGGAGGUUACCCAUAUCAUAGAUCUCAGAGGGGCUCCUUACACUGUGAUGCAUUACCCUCCAGCCGAUUCCAAUCCUGGACAGAGGGUUCCUGGUGGAGAGAUGGAUCAGAACAUACCACCAAACAAUCAAGGAACUUUCAACUGUCGAGAGAUUGUUGCUGUGGCAUCAACAUCACUGCCUCAAUACUUAAAGUAAUCCCUAUGCUCUUUGUUCGUUUGUUCUCUGUGUAUUUUCUCACUACAGUAUGA